AUGAAAUUGAGGUGGGAGGUUUCAAAAGAUGUCUUUUUCAGGUGAAAAGGUUAAUCACCUAAAAAAAAGCUAAUUUUCUGGUUGGAGGUCGUGCAGAGACAUUCGCGUGAGGAAGAAGAAUGAGUAUCUCCUCAUUAAGCUUAAUUAGAUAUUGAAUUGGACCGAUGCCGAAUGGUUAUUAGAUUUUUACUACGGCUUGCUUCACAAAACAUAUCUUUUUAUUCAAAUCAUAUGUAUAGUUUAACAGAAUGAAGCGGAGGUGAUAAAAAUUCAAACAUUCAAAAAAAAAACCUUUCACGUGUCGCUUCUUGAUCCUCAGAAGUUGAGAAAAAUAAGCUGUGGUUUUUCACCAUCAUUCAUGACUUCCAGAUUUCGGAAAGACGUCUCACGUCUCAAAGCAAGGUCGAGUACGACUUCGACAGCUUCAUCGUCUCUAGAACAGGACUGCAACCUGAAAAAUCGAAUAAUGUUAUUCCUUGUCGUCAAGGUCCCGGAAAACCUAAAAAUUUUAGAUUUGAAUAUUUACUUAUUUGGAUUAUUGGAUUAUUUCUGGAAAACACUCAGAAAAGAACACGACAAGAUCAAAUAAGAACAAAUCGACAUCAAGGACUCCAGAAGAUAAAGACCACGCUGAAACGAAAUCUCCAAAAAAUGUAGAGACCUAGAAAUCUAUGUAUUUUUCUCAGUCAACCAAAACAGUCUAUUCAUAGGAGAGUUACUGUCUUCUCGAGUUACUGUCUUCUCGAGCUUCAGUUUGGGAAGACACAUUUUUCAACGAACGAAGAGCUUGUUACGGUUCCACCAGGCUUUCAGGGCUACGAUAUACCAGAACUGCAAUCAUCUGGAUCUGAAAAUUUUCCAUUUUGAAGUUAGAAAUCCUCGGCAGCUUUGAAAAUCUACAUUUUCUUCGAAAAGAAAGUUAUCUAUAGCCUUUUUAGAAUUUCUAUAAAAAAGUUUUGGAUUUGAAAGACGACAAUGAAAACUUCAUGGAUUCUAUAAAAGUGCAAUCAAAUAUUUUAAAUCUAUAUGUUUUUAUUGAAAAAAACCCCAAUAUGUUCUUUUUUUUAUCUCAGCAGGAAAAAGGUCAAUUCAUGUGCGUUGAGACUAUUUGAAGUUGAAAAUUGGAACUGCAAAUUUUGAUUUCUUAAGGUUAUUUUUCAGUGUAAAAGUCUCUCAAAAAAACUGAAAAAUUGGAAAAGCAAGUCCGAUAUUGAACAGAAACAGAAAUGUGAGGUUGAUCAAAGAUUUGACCGCGGCCCACAAAAAGGCGCGGUGGGUCUCGAGCGCAAGCGCGAAAGUGUGCCUUAGUUGCACGGCCAGCCAAGAGGUUACCUUCGAGCAAGCAGCAGUCUUUUGGUGUGAGCGAUUAUCGUUCUCCGCUCGCCCUCAAAUUACAACUGCAUUAUUCUUUUCAUCAACUUGUGAACAACGUCUCUGCCUUUGUCCAUUUUCGUCCCACGACAAGGUAACCAUGAACCAUUUAUUUGAAAACAGGGAAUCUUCUGGAGCAAAAAUCAAUAUUUCAAAAUGAACUCAAAACCUUGUUGCUUGAAGCGUUGCAACAUUUUUUUGCUAUUUGCUUUUUUAGAACCAAUAAAUUUUUGAAAUAAGCAGUAUUCAAUGUUUCAGAGAAUGGUCAAGCGCAACUUCUCGGCGACAAGCAAAACUGCUGAAAAGCGAGAGGAAAUAACCGUAGCUGGAAAUGAAGAAGAGAAAGAACCAUGUCAAGAAAAUAAUCCUUCUACACCGCCCAAAGGUAAAAAAAUUUUUAUAUAGUUUUCUUUUUGAAAUUAUAUUAAAAAUACACAUUAGAAAAAGACUUCAAGACUCUCCACUAUUAAGUAAUGUCUUGCAAAUGACUGUGAAAGUUUCUCAGAAUAAAAACUUUUGAAAAAAUAAAUUUUAUUCAGGGCAUAUUUCUGAAGACAAUGAUGUGGUUUACCUGAAAACAGUUUAUCACACAGCCGCUCAAAACGGCCCUUUGCCACACGGUUAGUCUCAUUUCAAAGCGUGAAUGAAUAUUUGAACUUGAUUCAUCAUUAAUAUCCAUUUUCUGCUUGUCUCACAGCAUCAGAACAUGCUAGGAAAAAAAAAAUUAUUUGUGUUUAGCUGGCGACUGUGAACCUUACAAAAAACGGCGACGUGAUUUCAAGGAAAACCCACAACUCGACGCAAGUUAUCCUUGGGAAACGACAGUCGCAGAGAGCAACCCAAGCGCCGUGACGUGUUCCUAUGACGCUGACACACAACAUCCACGUUCUUCAUUGAAUUUUUCAGAGUGAGUUUUGUAAAAAAAGAAACUAUUGUAAUCAAAAUUUUAAAGCAACGCAAAAUAUGCAGUUUACGCGCCGCCACCUUUUGGUUUCCCUUAUCCACAUUUUUUCUACCAAUGUUAUUUCUGGAAUAUGAUUUACAGGUUAGUGAGAUUAUGUGCAGAUUAAACAUUUUGUAUAUCGCUCAUAUAAUUUCAGGUGCGCGACAACGAUCACGGUCGUGAAAAUUGAAGAGGUCGACGCCGGAGACUACAUUGGCUUAGACGAGAACCAGGAAGGGCCAGAGCCAUUGGUAGAAUUAAUGGACUAG